AUGCGCACGUACGACGACACGUUCUCCGGACAGAGAAUCUACCCUGGAAAGGGUAAGCUCUACGUCCGCGGUGACUCCAAGAUCUUCCGUUUCCAGAACGGAAAGUCCGAGUCCCUCUUCCUCCAGCGCAAGAACCCCCGCCGCAUUGCCUGGACCGUCCUGUACCGUCGCCAGCACCGCAAGGGUAUCUCUGAGGAGGUCGCCAAGAAGCGCACCCGCCGCACCGUCAAGGCCCAGCGUGCCAUCGUCGGUGCCUCCCUCGAUGUGAUCAAGGAGAAGCGCUCCAUGCGCCCCGAGGCCCGCUCCGCCGCCCGCGCCGCCGCCAUCAAGGAGUCCAAGGACAAGAAGAACGCCGACGCCGCCGCCAAGAAGGCCAAGACCGCCGCCGCCGGUGGCAAGAAGGGCCCCAUCGCCUCCAAGCAGGGCUCCAAGGGCGCCGCCCCCAAGGUCCAGGCCCGUACCCGUUAA